AGACUGUUGUGCACACAUAAAAACUACAAAUGGGAAACAAGAUUUGAAUUAAAAAAUGACAAACAAAGCAUUAUUAUAAAACAUAAAGCUAAAAUUAUUUUGCUGUACAUAAUUUCAUACAGACAUUGAAGAUGAAAGGUCUAUAUUUGUGGCUUUUUGUAAAUUUAUUAAUUACCUACAUCUCAGCUAAGGAACAAGAACUUCAAAAACAAGAUGUACAUACUAAAAUAUUGAAGUCGGUGAAGAAUACGGAACACUUAAAAAUUGUGCCAAAGACCAAGAGUUUAGGAAAAACUGCUCACAUCCCAGCUAUAAAACAACAUGUGCAAAAACAACAAGCACCUACAGUAUCGAAAUCGAUGAAUAACUUGGAAAAGUUUUUCCCCAAUUUUAUGGGUUUAGGAAAAAUUAACUAUAUCUCAGCUACGGAACAGAAACUUCAAGAACAACAAGCUGUAUUGAACUCGAUGAAUAACAUGGAAACCUUUUUCCCCCUUAUGGGUUUAAGAAAAUUUAACUACAUCUCGGCUGCGGAAGAGAAACUUCAGAAACAACAAGCUGCAUUGAAAUCGAUGAAUAACAUGGAACAGUUUUUGCCAAAUACAAGGGAUUUCGGAAAAACGAUAUUUUCCUUCUCCCCUGGAUGCUGGUCCUCCCAGUUUGGAAGUUGUGAGUAUUUAGAAUGUGAGAAGUGCUGCUCUGGAGACAAAGGGGUCUGCAAAGGUUACUAUUUUUUUGGUAUCUAUCAAUUUUCAUAUUGCGAUUGUUUCUUUUAUUAAACUAAAAUAUUAUAGUACGACAUUUUUGUAAUAAAAACAAACAAACAUU